AAAAAGAAGAAAAAGAAGGAAACAUGCCCUUGCCCUAUGCGACGUCGUUUCUGGCUUUCUUCCCCAACUUUUUCCUAUAAUCGAUCAUCCAUUCCGAAAUCAGUUAACCUCCUCUCCCAACGGCGAGUCAUCGGCACCGAGAAUACGCCGGCGAAGCACGAGCGUGCAAACACUGUCAUUGACGAUAGCCAAGCUUCUCGACGACGCAGACUAGUAUGUAGGAUAGCGAGGGCGGUGAUGAACAAGGAAUAUGCCGAAAAUGCUUCAUUUUCUUAAUCACUUCAAAUUUCCCAAUGCUUCUUCCUAUUAAACCACCACGCAACACCAAUCUCUAACCAUAUGUGUUUCAUCGGAAAACCAAACCCUAAUAUUUUUCAAUUUUAGCGCGGCAUUUUGAACUUUUCGGUUGCCAUCACAUUCAACAUUCGUCUGCCGCAAACUUGGUUGUUGGGAAAGAGGGCAGCCACCAUUUCUGAGCCGGUGACCGCGUGGACGACGCCAUAGCUGGAUGUUGGUUGAUUCCAAAUUACUUUUGGUUUUGGGCCCUUGUGAUAUCGGUGGAGAACAACGUAGUAUCUCCUAUCUUGCAAGAGAAGACACUGUAAUAUCUGAACAAGUGACAAAUAUAUAAAGAGAGUAUUAUGGGCUCUGACAAACAGAACUCUGGUUUAUUGGAGACUCUAAAGAUGGAGACAGUUAGGACUAUAUUCACUCACACGUAUCCAUAUCCACAUGAACAUUCACGGCAUGCUGUCAUUGCUGUUUUUAUAGGUUGCCUAUUUUUCAUAUCAUCAGAUAACAUGCACACUCUUGUUCAGAAGCUAGACAGCAAUAUUAAGUGGUGGUCUAUGUAUGCGUGCUUGCUGGGGUUCUUCUAUUUCUUUUCUUCCCCUUUUAUAGGCAAAACGAUCAAACCGAGUUAUUCAAACUUCAGUCGCUGGUAUAUAGCAUGGAUACUGGUGGCUGCUUUAUAUCAUCUUCCUAGUUUUCAAUCAAUGGGAGUUGAUAUGCGGAUGAAUCUUUCUUUGUUUAUAACCAUCUAUAUAUCUUCCAUUUUAUUUCUUCUUGUAUUUCACAUUAUAUUCAUUGGCCUCUGGUAUAUUGGCCUUGUUGCUCGGGUGGCUGGAAGAAGACCUGCAAUUCUGACAAUCCUUCAAAAUUGUGCUGUUAUAAGUGUAGCAUGUUGUGUAUUUUAUAGCCACUGUGGCAACCGUGCUAAUAUUAGAGAAAAGACAUUUGAAAGAAGGAAUUCUGGCUGGUUUACACUGUGGAACAAGGAAGAGAGGAAUUCAUGGCUUGCAAAAUUUGUUCGCAUGAAUGAGUUCAAAGAUCAAGUUUGUAAAUCAUGGUUUGCUCCAGUUGGAUCCGCUAAUGAUUAUCCAUUUUUAUCAAAAUGGGUCAUUUAUGGAGAGCUGACUUGUAGCGGUGGCUCGUGUGCAGAAUCGUCAGCUGAAAUUUCACCUAUAUAUUCAUUGUGGGCCACUUUUAUAGGUCUCUACAUCGCAAAUUAUGUUGUUGAGAGAUCAACAGGUUGGGCUCUUACUCACCCUGUAUCCCAAAAAGAAUCUGAGAAGUUGAAAAAGAAGCAAAUGAAGCCUGAUUUUCUGGAUAUGGUUCCUUGGUACUCAGGGACGUCUGCUGAUUUAUUUAAGACAGUUUUUGACCUGCUGGUAUCAGUGACUGUGUUUGUUGGGCGUUUCGACAUGCGCAUGAUGCAGGCUGCAAUGAGCAAGGUCGAAGAUGCAGCUAAGCAAGAUGAUCUUUUGUACGACCAAUUCAGUGAACACGACGAAUUGUGGUUUGAUUUUAUGGCCGAUACUGGCGAUGGUGGCAAUUCUUCUUAUAGUGUGGCACGGCUUCUUGCUCAGCCUUCUCUUAGGGUUCAAAGUAAUGGUUCCCUGAUUAUUUUGCCACGAAGUAACUUGCUUCUUAUUGGGGGUGAUCUUGCGUAUCCUAAUCCAUCUGCAUUUACAUAUGAGAGACGCCUUUUUCGUCCCUUUGAAUAUGCUCUUCAGCCUCCUCUGUGGUAUAAGGAGGAACAUAUAGCUACAAAUAAACCAGAAUUGCCUUCUGGGAUGUCAUUAUUGAAGGAGUAUGAUGGGCCUCAGUGCUUUCUUAUACCUGGAAAUCAUGAUUGGUUUGAUGGGCUUCAAACAUUUAUGCGGUAUAUUUGUCAUAUGAGUUGGUUAGGCGGAUGGUUUAUGCCCCAAAAGAAAAGUUAUUUUGCCCUUCAGUUGCCAAAAGGAUGGUGGGUCUUUGGACUUGACCUUGCUCUUCAUUGUGAUAUUGAUGUCUACCAAUUCAAGUUCUUUGCGGAACUGAUUAAAGAAAAGGUGCGUGAUUGUGAUUCUGUUAUCAUCAUGACUCAUGAGCCUAAUUGGUUACUUGAUUGGUACUGGGAUGAUGUCACUGGGAAGAACGUUUCACACUUGAUACGUGACCAUUUAAGAGGGAGGUGCAAACUACGAAUGGCUGGGGACUUGCAUCAUUACAUGCGCCAUUCUCAUGUUCCCUCAGAGAAGCCCACUUACGUUCAGCAUUUACUUGUUAAUGGUUGCGGUGGAGCAUUUUUGCACCCAACUCAUGUUUUCAGCAAUUUUGAUAGUUUAUAUGGAGCAUCUUAUGAAAGCAAGGCAGCUUAUCCAUCUUUUGAAGACUCAAGCAGGAUUGCUUUAGGAAACAUAUUAAAGUUUCGGAAGAAAAACUGGCAGUUUGACUUCAUAGGCGGCAUUAUAUAUUUUCUGCUGGCCUUUUCCAUGUUUCCACAGUGUAAGCUGGAUCACAUCUUACAGGCUGAUACGUUUUCUGGUCACUUGAAGAGCUUCUUCGGAUCAGUAUGGGAUGCUUUGAUCUAUAUGCUUGGACGCUCAUAUGUAUCCUCGGCUGGUGCUUUCUUUUUGCUGGUCACUGCUGUCACAUUUGUGCCUUCAAAACUGUCCCGCAAGAGAAAAUUAUCAAUAGGCAUUCUCCAUAUGUCUGCACACCUUUCUGCUGCCUUGAUUCUCAUGCUGCUUUUGGAAUUGGGUAUCGAGACUUGCAUCAGGCAUAAAUUGUUGGCAACUUCAGGCUACCAUACUCUGUAUCAAUGGUAUCGAUCUGUGGAAAGUGAGCAUUUUCCCGACCCAUCUGGCCUACGACCACGUAUUGAGCAAUGGACACUCGGCCUUUAUCCAGCAUGCAUUAAGUAUCUGAUGUCGGCAUUUGAUGUUCCUGAGGUCAUGGCAGUCACCAGGAGCAAUAUCUGCAAGAACGGCAUGGAGUCACUUUCUCGAGGAGGGGCCGUGAUUUAUUAUGCUUCCGUCUUCCUUUAUUACUGGGUCUUCUCAACUCCGAUCGUUUCAUUGGUUUUUGGAAGCUACCUAUACAUCUGCAUCAAUUGGCUUCACAUACACUUUGACGAGGCUUUCUCUUCACUCCGCAUUGCUAACUACAAGUCGUUUACUCGGUUCCAUAUCAACUUAAAAGGUGAUCUUGAAGUUUUCACCCUCGCUGUGGAUAAGGUGCCGAAAGAGUGGAAGCUGGAUCCGAGUUGGGAAGGUGAAUCGAAGCAACAACCUAACCUUAGCCACCAGAGAAAAUUUCCCAGCAAAUGGAGAUCGAUCUCGUCUCAGCACGACCCCAUCAACACUGUAAAGAUCGUCGAUCACUUUGUUGUCGAACAAACAGUAACACCCGAAUUCGAACCAGUUAAUGGAUCAGUAUCUCAUUGAUCAUGGUCUUGUAACACUAAUGUAAGUUAGUUUUAUUAUGUUUUAGAAGCUGUUAGUAACUUAGUAGUAGGAAGAAGUAAAGAGGAAAAAGCAGAGUAUAGGAAGGGAAGGUGUAAUACGUUAGCAGACACUCUAUAUAAUGAAGUGAAUAUACGAUGUUUAACCCAA